GCAGUCACCGGGUGGCGUGGCGGCCUGAAUUUUGCCUAAGGCUCGCCACACAGGUACUUGCCGAUCGAGAUCAUUUGUGUACACCGCCUUUUGCAUGGGCACUUGGACCUUUUUGUGGCAGAAAAAGAGCCACGGAAUCAAUGGAAGGACAACAAUAUCUGCAAGGAACCCGUAUUGAUGCUGAUUCGAAUUGUUUCCAUGAGAAGUUGGACUCGUUGACGGCUAAGAUAGUGCGUUUUACUCAUACAAGUCACCUCUCAUCAUUGGAUUUGCUGUCUUAUGUGACUUAGCCUCAACGCUAUAUUGAUGUGCCAACAGCCUGUGCCCCGAUGAUCGAGGCAAAGCCCAGAACCGGACCUAUACCUUCUCAUCAUGAUUGGACAGCCUGUACAAAGGAAGCUUGUCAAAGGCACAAGUCAGUUCUACAUGCGCUAUAACCCUAAGACAGUCCUACCACCAGUUGCCAGUCGAUAUAUCCUCUCUGAGACACAUCCCAUCCGGCCCAAGAUCCAACAUCUGUACGCGGACCGGGAUCCUAGAACACUGUGGUGGAGGGUGAAUCCACAACCGCUGCAGUCGUUCAAGCGAGUGGUUCGUUCAUGGGCUACGAGGCGAGUCCGGUUGGCGUUCCGACAGGCCCUGGCAGCACAAGGGUUCGACACCGACGGUAGAAGGUUGGUGUCAGAGACCUCGGGAUCCGCUGCCAUGAGAUCACCAAAGGAAGGUCUCCAGGGUAGCCUCGAGAUCGCUGUCCUACCGCAGAGUGUGAAGAUGGGAUACGACACUGUUCGGAAGGAGGUGGAUUAUCUCCUAAGAACGUUGCUGAGGCAUUUGAGAGACGGCGAGAAGGAGACAAAUACUUCUCGCAAGCGGGGCAAGAUCAUAAAAGGAUGCCCACAAACACUAGUUAAGCAUAAUGGAACAAUGGCAAGUCGCUCUGGGACGUGAAGCGAGUAUGCGCUCUCGCUCACGGUGUAUGAGACCGUAGGUAUGCACUGGCAUUACUGGGGCUUUGGCAGCACCCGAUAUUUUAAGAAAGACGUAAAAUGAGGGAGAUGCGAACCAUGCGAGACAAUAAAGACCUUCAACAUUAAAGUCGUAAUAAUCAAGCUUGUUAAGUCCUUU